UGGAAAUUCCGCCCUUUAAGUCAAACGACAAACACCAAUCUGCGGACUACGACCCAACGAGACUUUGCUUGGCGGUCAUUAUUUGCCAAAGAUAAGAAGGACAGUUCAAUAAUCAUUGUCCGAGUCAACGAAUCACUAAAAGAAGCUCCCAGGAAAAACGAGAGCGUAGACGUGAGUGAAAUAAUACACAGGGACAAACUCUCCAGGUCGAAUCCAUGGAAAUCUGUGACACAUAAAGAAUUCUACGAAAAGCUCGAGGAAAAUUCUCAAGAUUUCAAAUUCCAAAGAGGAAAAGGAGAGAUUACACCAUCUAAAACAAAAGCGGUAGAAGAAUUAAUAAGCUGCGUUACGCAUGCCCCUGAAGUAAGAAUGAUAUGCCAAAACAAAAACAAUCUCAUUUCAACAUAUGGCAAGCAUUAUAAAGCGCCGGAUUGUAUCACCGUGCCUCAUUUACUAGAGAAGGAUGUGGAUUUCUCGCGACCUGUUCAGCCUCUCACUGUCCCUUAUUCAUCUAAAUCCUGGAAGACAUCGUAUAAUUUAGACUAUGGCUUAAAGCCAGAAGUGAAAUCAGUCAGAAAAUGCAGCUUCCCAGAAAUACCUUCAAUGAUAGAAUAUAGUGAUCCUCUCUAUAAAUCAGAAUGGACUACAUCAUAUGAAGACUAUGGGCAAAAAAGAGACUUCGCUAUUAACACGGUGCCACUGACGGAGCAGAUUGAGAAGUCCGAAGCAUCAAAUAUGGUUUUGUUGCCGAAUACUGAAGUGGGAAGGUUGCUCAAAUAUUAAAAAAAGACUUAUUGUUCACAAUCUGAAAGUAGACUAAUUCUUGACAAUUAUAUUUCUAUAAACACGUGUAAGGAAUUUAUUUUUUUGAUAACUGUAAUUUUGAAUAUCUCAUAUUCAGUAUCUUAUUUUUAAUUGUAUUUG